CGGCUGCUCCCUGACUGCUCAGCGCCGCUCAGACAGCUGAGUCACACAUACAUUUAGCUACAGCCACUUCCACAAACACUGGGCGAAAAGAGCGCUUACACUAACUACCGUGAGUACACUGCUUUUGACCCCAGCUGUGUGUGACACCGCGAGGAAACAUGCUGACGAUAACACUGAAGACCCUCCAACAGCAGACGUUCAAAAUAGAGAUAGACCCAGAACUGACGGUGGUAGCCCUAAAGGAGAAAAUAGAGAAGGACAGAGGAAAAGAUGCAUUUCCUGCUGCAGGACAGAAACUCAUCUAUGCAGGCAAAAUCUUAAAUGAUGACACCCCACUUAAAGAGUACAAAAUCGAUGAGAAGAACUUUGUGGUGGUCAUGGUAACCAAGCCUAAACCAGUUCCUCCUCCUCAAGCCCCUCAGCCAACCCCUCCAGCAGCUGUAGCUCCAGCACCACCCUCAGCCUCCGGUCCGACACAAGUGCCCUCCACACCCACACAUACAGUGUCUGCACCCACACCUGCCCCGCAGUCAGCUCCUCCCAUUGAACCCCCGACCCCAGUUCCAGAAAACACCCCCUCGGUUUCUGCUGAAGCAACAGCAGCUCUGGACUCAAACACAGCCCCAGACUCAGCUCCAGCCUCUGCCUCAGCUACUCCUCCAGCCUCCGGCCCUGCUCCAACUCCAGCCCCAGAAGCUGUCCAGACAGCCCCGGCCUCGGCCCCUGCAGACCGCCCCACCCCUGCUACCCAGCCAGAAGAAAAACCAAGGGAAGAAGCUGAGAAUCAACCAUCUGCCACUGCACAAGUCCACUCCACUGCUGCCAGCCUUGUUGAUGAGCUGGGCCUUCUUGAAGAAGCAGCAUCAAUACUUGUGACAGGCCCAGCCUAUGAGAACCUGGUGUCAGAGAUCAUGUCCAUGGGUUAUGAGCGGGAGCAGGUAGUCGCUGCUCUCAGAGCCAGUUACAACAACCCAGACCGAGCAGUGGAGUAUCUCCUCAUGGGUAUUCCAGCAGAGGCCAGUGAUCUGCCACCGCAGGAGCCAGUUAGACACAGUGCUCCAUCCAACCCCUCCACCCCUGCUACACAAGAGCCACAACAGGCCCCAGCAGCCCCAGUGGCCCCAGAGGCCCCAGUGGCCCCAGCGGCCCCAGUGGCCCCAAACACAGGGUCAGUCUCUGGCAGCCAGCCUCCCUCUGCUGGUGGAGGUUCUGUCUCCACAGGGAACCCUCUGGAGUUCUUGAGGAACCAGCCUCAGUUCCAGCAGAUGAGACAGAUCAUCCAACAGAACCCAGCCCUCCUCCCGGCCCUUCUGCAGCAGCUCGGCAGAGACAACCCACAGCUGCUGCAGCAAAUCACACAGCACCAGGAGCGCUUUGUGCAGAUGCUGAAUGAGCCACGAGGUGGAGACACAGAAGGGGAGGGGGCUGAGGCCCAGGGGUCGCCACACACCAACUAUAUCCAGGUCACCCCACAGGAGAAGGAGGCCAUUGAGAGGUUAAAAGCGCUGGGCUUUCCUGAAGGCUUAGUCAUCCAGGCUUACUUUGCCUGUGAGAAGAACGAGAAUCUAGCUGCUAACUUCCUGCUACAGCAAACAUGGGACGACGAGUAAGCACACAUCACCUGACACAUCACCACCGUUCAGCAGAAGGCCGCAGAGGAGAUGACAGCUCCACACAAAGUCCACCUGGGAGGAACAAGGACAGGAGAAAAAGAGGACAUUUCUUUUCAUGCCGUGUGAUUGUGGUCUGAUGAUGGGGGUGACAGUGAUGAUGACGACAUGCUGUUCAAAGUUUGCUGUGCUGCCUCCCCUCCAUUCAGCUGUGAAGAUCAUCGUAGCAGCUCACACUGAGCUGUGCCUCACCACUGCUGUCAUUACUGCUGCCGCUUGUGCCGAGUGAUCACACUGAGAGACGUCAUGCAAGAAAACACGCCAACAGUCUGCAUCACCUUCACAGGACAACAGGCAACUCACAGACUGCCUGUACAACAUGGGUCAAACUUUUAGACGACUGUUCACAUCAGUGUAAACACCACAGAGUGUAUCUAUCAGAAAUAUAAACAUGACAAAAUAACGUGUUGGCAAACCCUCCAUGUUGGGUUUACCUGAAAAUGUGAUGCAAACUAUUGACUUAUGGUUUGAAAGCUAGCAUUGCUUUAUAUUAAAGUUCAGGUCUGAUCAUUUCA